GAGAAACAUCAUGACAAACCUGGAGAAAAACCUUUGAGUCGCUCAAAGACUAAAAAGACAUUUUUAAAUGAAAGAAGAGCCAAGAAAUCUGCAACCUGCACUCAGUGUGGAAAGAGUUUCACACACAAAAGUCAUCUUGAAGCUCAUAUGAGAGUUCAUACUGGAGAAAGACCGUUCACAUGUAAUCAAUGUGGAAAGAGCUUCAAUCAAUCGUCAAACCUUAAAGAUCACAUGAGGAUCCACACCGGAGAGAAGCCGUUCACACGUGAUCAAUGUGGUAAAACAUUUACUCAGUCAAUAAUCCUGAAGAGACACAUGACAGUUCAUACAAAGGAGAAGCCACAUCCAUGUUCUGUGUGUGGAAAGAGUUUUUCACAGCUGGGAAGUUUAAAAGAACAUCAGAAAAUUCAUACUGGUUUGAGAGAGUACAUGUGCUUUGAGUGUGAGAAAACAUUUAUUACAGCAGACUGUUUAAAACGUCACCAGAGGAUUCACACUGGAGAAAAACCUUACAAGUGUUCACACUGUGACAAGAGAUUCAGUCAGACAGGAACACUAAAAAGACACGAGAAGAUCCACCCUGGAGAAAAACCUUACAAGUGUUCACACUGUGACGAGAUUCAGUCAGUCAGGAACACUGAAGACACAUGAGAGAAUCCACAGCAGAGAGAAGCUGCACACGUGUGAUCAGUGUGGAAAUAGUUUCACUAUUAAAGGUCCCGUUCUUCGUGGUUUUUUGAAGCUUUGAUUGUGUUUAUAGUGUGCAAUAUA